AUCCAGUAUUCCAGGUGCAGUUGCUUCGGUCUCGGACCGAUCGCAGCGUCUGCGUCAGCCGGUAGUCGCGCAGCUAUCGCCGUCCGUCCGCAGAGUGCACGCGCGAUCGACGUCGAUAGCCGGACGCUCGAUCAUCUACCGCUCGGCUGCCAACGUGUUAGCCGCUUGUCGCCCCCGACCCCCGCCCCCCGCCUACGACGCUCCCCCGACGAUCAUCGACGACGUCGACGGACUGUACGAACAUGAAGUCGCUAACGACCAAAUGCGUCGAACCGCUGCAUGAGAACGAGAAUGUCGAGGACUACCCGAGGAAAAGAAUCAAGGCUGCGCAUUAUUCCCUUGGAGCUACCAAUGUCACCUACCAACAACAUAAGACUGGACGUGAAGAACGUGCCUCUGUUCUUGGAAAGUAUGAGGGAUUCCGUGGCUGCACCAUUUGGUUCACUGGACUGUCUGGUGCUGGAAAAACUACGAUCGCUUUCGGAGUUGAAAAACUGCUUACACAGAUGGGUAUACCAUGUUGUGGUCUGGACGGUGACAACGUACGUCAUGGACUUUGCAAAAACCUUGGUUUUUCGAAAGAAGAAAGGAGUGAAAAUAUUAGAAGGGUAGCCGAAGUCUCAAAGCUCUUUGCCGAUCAAGGUUUGGUCUCCUUAGCCUCUUUUAUCUCCCCAUUCCGUGUUGACCGCGAAGAAGCUAGGAAAAUCCAUGCUAAAGAUAACCUUCCAUUCUUCGAAGUUUAUGUUAGCACAUCUUUGCAAGAAUGCGAGAAACGCGAUCCAAAAAAACUAUACGAAAAAGCUCGGGCCGGUGAGAUUUCUGGAUUUACCGGUAUUGACAGUGCCUACGAACCACCAGACGAUGCUGAGUUGGUUAUCGACACGGAGUCUGAGGGUCACGAUGUCGAUCGCUGUGUCGAAACAGUCAUCGAGUUCCUUCAUCAGAAUGGCAUCAUUCCCGAUAAGGCUAUGCAACAAUUAUCUGGGCCGCCCGUUAGAGAGCUGUUUGUGAAUGCUGAGGAAAAGCAGUCGUUAUUGGAAGAAGCAAAGAAUAUGCCAAGGAUAGAGCUGGGUCCACUUGAAGUGCAGUGGCUUCAGGUCCUCUCCGAAGGAUGGGCGACGCCAUUACCUGGAUUUAUGAGGGAGCGCCAAUAUCUACAGGCGCUACACUUUGGCCAGUUAUUAGAUCUCAAAAAGAAAACGGUAUUCCCAGGAGAAAAGGAUGAUGGGGCUAUAGACCCAUGGCCCAUGGAUGAGCCAGUCAACCAAAGCAUCCCCAUAGUGCUCCCAAUAAGCGACGAGCAGAAGGAAUCGAUAAGCAAAGAAGGUGAAGUAUCACCACGCAUUGCUCUUACUCAAAAUGGUACGGUACUUGCCAUUCUUUGCGAUGGUGAGAUUUUUGCCCAUCGACAGGAGGAAAGAGUUGCUAGACAGUUCGCAUUUUGCGAUCCUCGUCACCCUGCCGUCAAACAAGUGCUCUCCAGCGGACCUUGGUGUUUGGGAGGUGACCUGAAGGUUCUUGAACGAGUCACAUUCGACGAUGGCCUCAACGAGUUCCGAAAAACUCCAAAAGAGCUGCGACAAAUUUUUGAAGAGAAAGGAGCUGACGCUGUCUUCGUGUUCCAAUUGCGUAACCCCGUGCAUAACGGACAUGCUCUAUUGAUGCGAGACACGAGGGAGAAAUUGCUGAAGAAAUAUCGUAACCCAAUGCUUUUGCUGCAUCCUUUAGGUGGCUGGACAAAAGACGAUGACGUGCCGUUGUCUGUAAGAAUGCGCCAGCACGAAGCUGUGAUUGCUGAGGGAGUGUUGGAUCCAUCGUGGACCGUACUCUCCAUUUUCCCAUCACCGAUGCUCUAUGCAGGACCCACAGAAGUUCAGUGGCACGCAAGAGCUCGUAUUGCUGCUGGAGUGCACACUUACAUUGUUGGCCGAGAUCCAGCUGGGAUCCAACACCCAGACACUGGCGAUUUCCUCUAUGAACCAACACACGGAGCUAAGGUAUUAUCAAUGGCUCCUGGAUUAAGUCAUCUACACAUUCUACCAUUCCGUGUGGCCGCAUAUGACAAAAAGGCUGGAAAAAUGGCUUUCUUUGAUCCUUCACGGAAAGAUGACUUCGAUUUCAUAAGUGGAACCCGCAUGAGAGGCUUAGCCAGAAGUGGAGCAACUCCACCAGAAGGUUUUAUGGCGCCCACAGCUUGGAAGAUCUUAUCAGAUUACUAUAGAUCUAUAGCAAAGAAAUGAAACUGCUUGAAAUAUAAAAGUAUAGUUAUAUUGAAAAAAGUCUAUCUGUGUUACGCAUUCUUUAAUUUUUUUUAAUCUGGUCUCUGGAUCUUUCCACUGUCUGCUUUCUUUCCGUUCAACAUAGCAUUCCUUGUUAUCCAAUGUGAUUGGCUAAAUGACUCAGAAUUUUGACUCGAAAUUGUCAGUAUAUAUGUUCUUACGUAGACGUUGUGCAUAUCUUUCCUAAUAUUGCAGUUAUCUUCCGUUCCCAUCUUUCCCAGAUAGUCUAUUCUACGAUAUGUUGUAAAGGUUGCGUCUUUUACCGGUUUAAGUAUUGAGCAGUUCGAAGGGAGUUUGAAUAAACUUUGUGAAAGGUUGU